GCGAGGCCGCGAAAUCUCGCUGCCAGAACGCUUGUGACUCGCAUGCUCUACACAUCUGCAACUGGUGGAAUGUGCUCUGUCUGCAACUGCAACAUUUUGUGACUCUGAUCCAUAUCAGGGUGCCGGACUUCUAUACCCCAGCAACUUUGUCUAUCUAUACAGCAACCAUGUUCAUGUCUCCAGCUCUUACAAGUGUAACAAGGGACAGUGAUUCUGGAUUCGGUUUGAUGCACCUGAACGCCUUAAAUGGUUCAACGUCGAUUAUCUCCGAGUCCAGUUUCGGCCCACGCCACUACGUCAACGAUGAACAUGUCUCAUCAACCUUUUUUCAAAACUUCAAUUACUAUCCCAAAGACUCUUUGAAAUCCCCUGCCGUAAGGCGGUCAAGGCCCGUGUCCCCACUACCGCCACAAAGGUCAAAGGCAAAGUCACCCUACUUGCCAAGGAAGAGUUCAAAGAACUGUCGAAGUGAAACAGAUGUUUGUGGUGUGUGUGAUGAGAUGACAGAGAAUAACCUCCUCAAGAACCAUUUCACUAAGAACCAGAUUGAGGUUAAUGAUGGCCAUUGCAAACACGAUCGUGAAGGAAAGUCAAAGAGGAACAGUAACACAGUGGAUAUCAGAGUGACAAAGAGCCUGAACUUUGACUCCCUCUCCUUGUACUCAUCCCCGUGUAAAGAAAACAAGCAUUCGACAAAACGAACAAAUAAGACGUACAAAUGUCAAACAAAAUGAACUCUUUAAUACCUUCAUACUAUCAUCACCAUCGUCGCCAUCGUCGUCAUCAGCAUCAGCAUCACCAUCACCAUCACCAUCGCAUCAUCAUCAUCAUCAUCGUCGUCGUCGUCGUCAAAGUCAUCAUCAUCAUCAUCUGGACUCAUAAUAAGAGUUAUCACAUGAUCAUCAUAUGACUGUAGGCAAACGAGGAUUUUCUUCUGGUGUGGUGGUUCAACACCUCGAAUCAAGUGAUCCAAAUAUCCGGUGCAGUUUACCACCUAUUUCGGACAAAAGGACAAUGGUGUUGUUCAAGUACAGAUAAUCGAUCAUAACACCCCCGAUCAGUGUUUGCAUUGAUCAUUGAACAUAUUGACUCGUUAUAAGAAAUGUGAAACAUUUCCGACCAUGAUACCAAUUUCUGCAUGUACCCGCCCUCUCUGCGGAUGAAUGUGUUUCAUUGGUAACUACUAGUUUGGUAGUCAACGUAGUGAUAAUGGACGAUGAAAAUAGUACUUUCGUGAAUUCUUGUUACUGGCCAAAAUAAUCGUAAUAAGAAUUUUGUCCGUUAUGUUUGUUAACAAUUUGUCUCAAAUUUAAUUUGAAAUAAUUUAUUUUGUUUGGAGAAGUAACAUUGUGACACGUUUUUAGACGUUCGUUAUUGUACGAAUAAUAAUAACUUCAAAUCGUUUGUGAGACUUUGUUGACAAUGUACUAUUUUCAUGGUUGUACAACUAAAUCCUAAGUUUCAUUUGAUUGUUUACAAAUGAAGAUUUUGUAGAUGAAACGCACAUCUUGUAUAUACUUUUUACGUACAAAUGUAAAUAAAGUUAAGGAGUUAUUUUUCUCCUUGGCAUUUUUAUACGAAUAAACCAAUC